AUGUUAAUAAUAAGUCAGCUUUUAAAAAGAUACAUGUUAAUAAUAAGUCAGCUUUUAAAAAGAUACAUGUUAAUAAUAAGUCAGCUUUUAAAAAGAUACAUGUUAAUAAUAAGUCAGCUUUUAAAAAGCUACAUGUUAAUAAUAAGUCAGCUUUUAAAAAGCUACAUGUUAAUAAUAAGUCACAUUUUAAAAAGAUACAUGUUAAUAAUAAGUCAGCUUUUAAAAAGCUACAUGUUAAUAAUAAGUCAGCUUUUAAAAAGAUACAUGUUAAUAAUAAGUCAGCUUUUAAAAAGAUACAUGUUAAUAAUAAGUCAGCUUUUAAAAAGUUACAUGUUAAUAAUAAGUCAGUUUUUAGAAAGUUACAUGUUAAUAAUAAGUCACAUUUUAAAAAGAUACAUGUCAAUAAUAAGUCAUUUUAAAAAGAUACAUGUUAAUAAUAAGUCAUUUUAA